AUGUCGCGGGCCGCUGGACUAGAGUUGGCGCUCCUGGUGUCGCUGGUCACCUGUCGCGCCGCCUCGUCGGGAGACGGAAGCGGCACGGGCGGCGGCGGCGGUUCCGUCCCGGCCGUGCUCGCCGCCACGAGCCAGCUGAUCGCCCGCGAGGGAAGCUGCGUGCUGAUCGACUGCAAUGUCACCGGCGACCCGUUCCCCAGCAUCAAGUGGUUCAACUCCCACGGGCACCUCGUGGACACGGACGGCAGUGGCGGGGGGAAGUGGUGGCUGUUGGAGAACGGAAUCCUCAACAUCACCGGCAUCGAAUUCGCUGACCGCGGCAAGUACACGUGCGUGGCGUCCAAUGCGCACGGCGCCUCCAACUGCACCGUCACGCUGCGCGUGGUUUUCACCAAGGGUGACAUGGGCGUCUACUAUAUGGUGGUGUGCCUGGUGACCUUCAGCAUUAUCAUGGCGCUCAACGUGACGCGCCUGUGCAUGAUGAGCAGCCACCUCAAGAAGACCGAGAAAGCCAUCAAUGAGUUCUUCCGCACAGAGGGCGCCGAGAAGCUGCAGAAGGCCUUUGAGAUCGCCAAGCGCAUCCCCAUCAUAACCUCCACCAAGACGCUAGAGCUGGCCAAGGUGACGCAGUUCAAGACCAUGGAGCUGGCGCGCUACAUCGAGGAGCUGGCGCGCAGCAUCCCGCUGCCGCCGCUCAUCAUGAACUGCCGCACCUUCGUGGAGGAAAUCCUGGAGGUGGUGGGCGUGGAGGAGAUGAGGCACACCUUCCUCAGGCAGGUGCCCGAAGCCAGGGAGCGCGGCGGCGGCGGCGGCGGCGACGGCCCCAGGGACACGUUCACCCUCCUGCGGGAGCGAGGGCGGCAGCUGGAGCGCAGCGAAUCGCCGGCCGCGGACUCCGACAACUCGUCUGUCCAGGAGCAGCCGCAGCAAAUCGCCAUCCAGGUGUCGGUCCACCCGCAGCUCGAACCCGACGGCGCCGCCACCUUCCCGCCGCGCGACGACAACGUGGAAGGAAAUCAGAGCAAAGAGCCCGCUGCCAACAGCCUCCCGCCCUGCCAGAUUUUUUACGAGAGUCACGUGUGACGAGGAAGACGCCCGCUGGAAAGCUCAACUGACCAAUCACAUGCCGGUGUUUCGUUUCUUGUCUCACUCGAAUGUAACGUCCAUCAGCAAAGAAAUCCACCACGAGUGAGUUUCUCCUGUCUUUCAAUUUCUUGUAUCAUUCAUUCUUUCCACGAUCAAAUUAGCAACAGGGCUGUGCUGUACACACAGCUUUGUGCUUUGGUUUGAUGGUCGGGAUAUUGCGCAUGAGGGCCACGUGCGACAUUUGGUUUGCGUGCCUGGGAUCUUUUCUGCUUUGCUAUUACCGGUGCUCUCCUGAUGCCUUUUGUAGUCGAUAGAAGUGCGAAUGAAAUG